GUCUGAUUUCUUGUUUGUUAUGCUACGACAGUUCCACUGAAUUAUUAGGACUUUGUAAUCCAUUGUGAGAAGUUAAUAAUUGAGAAAAUACAUUGUAAAUGGCAUCGUUGGACGGUGGAAGUGUCUCGAGCAAUACUGGCCGUAAACAACAAACAAAACGGAAGAAAGGAGUAUUAUGGUUUAGAGAUUCUGAAAUACCAAAUACAUGGCAAAAUUAUGACACAGAGAUGGAUAUUUUAAACAAUAUCGAAAAAUCUUAUCAUUUUAAUACUUACAAUAUGCCAGAAGUAUACAAGUCCACUGAUCUUGUGCAGACUAGAAUUGAGGAUGAAACUACAAAUAUCGAUAAAAUAUCAAGAUUCGAUCCGUUAACAUUAUCACCGACUACACGUAAUACCGAUUUCAUGGAUACUAAUAAAUUUGCCACAAAUGCAACAGAAUCGAAUAAUUAUAAUGCUAAUAUGAAAACCAUCACCUGGAAUGAGUUUUUCGAUACUGAAUUACUUGCAGAAAAUACUGAUGAAACUACUUCUAAACAAAACAGUGUAAAUAGUUUGAACUGUUUCGUAAUAAAGGACCAGAUCGAGAACAUGAAUGAUUGUAACUCUAAUAACUAUGAAAACAACGGUGACAUAAAUAUAAAGACGAAAAAACGUAAAACAACAAAUAAAAAUACUGACAAAGUUUUAAUUAAAAUCAAGAAAACGUCUGAAAGUAAACACAACUUUAAAAAAGAAAAGUAUACAAAGGCGGUUAAAAAUUGGUUAUAUGAUGUAGAUUCCCAAAAUCCAGUUGAAGAAGGAAAUGAUGUAGUUGCUAGUCGUAUACAGGCUCCUGAUGAAGUAGUAUUACAUAAUACUAAGAGCAAAGUAUUCACUGAAAAUAAUAUCAAAACUGGUCUCAAUAAAAAAAUGAUUCAAGCACAAUUAGCUAAUAAGGAUGGUGUGAUGAAAUUUAGAAAACCAAAAGAAAUAUCAACGGAAAAUUGUGGUCUUACCAUUGAAGAUACCACACCUAUAGAUAAAUUAGAAAGUAUUAAAGAGAUAAAGAGUAAAUCCAAGUUUGUAGCCCCGAUAAAGGUGCAGAUUCCUGUCGAGGAUGUCAAAUAUAAUGUAAUAGUUUUAGAUCAUAACAGCAAGAUAUGUAGUUUUCCAGAUGCUAAUGAAGUAUUUGUAACCUUAAUAUACAGCAACGGAUUUUGUCAAUUAAACAGUCAACACACGGAAAAUGACUGCGUUAUAGAAGGCAUGAUGUUCUGUAUUGACGAUACAUUCUAUUACGUUAAAAUGGACGCAGAAAACUUCAGUGAAAUGGUAAACGAUGUUUUAGAAAACAAAACGGUUAAUUGUUACGAUGCUAAAAGUCUUCUCAUUUUAUUAAAAUUUCAAUUUAACAUACAAGCAAAGUUUACAAUAAUCGAUGCUAAGAUCGGAGGCAGCCUUUUCGAUCCAGACAAUCCUCCUGAAAGUUUUGUAGAUUUACAAAAACAGCUUUCUGUUACUCCAAAGUACACAAUUGCGAGCGAAUGUGUUUUGCAAAAGACGGCCUGGUACAUAAUGACGCUAAAAGAGUGUGUAGUGAGACUUAGCAGUCUGCUCAGGGAGCAGUCUUUGUGGAGAGUGUUCAUUGAAAUCGAAAUGCGCUUGUUACCUAUAAUCGCUGAGAUGGAGCAUCGAGGCAUAACGGUUGAUAUGGAGAAGUUGAAGGUAAUGGAAGACAUAUUGCUGACUAAAAUAAAGAUGGUGGAGGAGGAAUGUUACAAGGUGGCCGGGAGGAGUUUCCAGAUCAAUUCGCCGGCGCAAGUGCGCGCCAUACUGUACGACGAGCUGCAGCUGGACACAAAAUGCAACAUUAAGAUAAGAGAGACCAUUUGCAAAGGCGCCAAGUCCACCUCGGAGUCUAUGCUGCGCGGACUGGUGUCGGUGCACCCUCUUCCUAACCUGAUAUUGGUAUACCGUCACUUGUACAAAGCGCACGCUACGUUUCUGUCCGGUAUCGCGCAACACGUCGUCGACGGCGUCCUCAGACCAACAUGGGUGCAGACAGCGGCGGCGACGGGCCGCAUUGCCUCCAGUAACCCGAACGUGCAAGCGAUACCCAAAACGCCCUUUAGCCUCAAUGCAUUUCCUGAAGGCGACAAAUGCAACGAUGAAUCUCAGUUACUGAACUUCCGCUCCGUGUACGUGGCCCGCGAGGGUUGCGUGCUUCUCGCCGCCGACUUCAAACACGUGGAGUGCCGAGUAUUCGCCUACAUAGCGGGCGACACCGUGCUUCUCGACGCGCUCAAGUCCGGAGACGACAUAUUUAGGGUCCUCGCUGCUAAGUGGCUGAACAAGUCGGAAGGGGAAGUGUCGAGCGAGGACCGGGAGCGCACGAAGCGCAUCGUGUACGCGAGCCUGUACGGCGCCGGCACCAGGAAGCUCAUGGACAUCCUGCACGUCACCUACGAGCAGGCACUCACCAUCCUCGCCAGUUUCAACAGACGAUUUCCGUCGCUGAAGUCGUUCGGGCGCAGUGUGGUGUCGCAGUGUGAAGAACAGGGAGGGAGUGUGGUGACACCCAGCGGCAGAAGGCGGCAGCUGCGGGGGCUGCAGGCGGUGGCGGGGGCAACCGAGCUGAGGGCGCAGGCCGAGAGGCAGGCUGUCAACUUUGUCGUGCAAGGUUCGGCGGCGGACAUAUGCAAGACGGCGAUGAUAGUGACCGAGCAGCGGCUGCGGUGCAGCAGCCCGCCGCUGGCCGCGCGGCUGCUGCUGCAGAUACACGACGAGCUCGUGUGGGAGCUGCCUCACGCACACCUGCACACCGCUGCCGGUAUUAUAAAGGAGGCUAUGGAAAAUUGCGGUUACGAGUGCGGACUGGCGAUCAGGCUGCCGGUGGCGGUGUCGGCCGGCCGCAGCUGGGGCGAGAUGCGCCCAUUCGAACACACAUAGACACGUUUUCAAUACAUAACUUUAUUAAGCAUACGUAGUUUCACUAUUACAAUA